UCGUAACGUGUCCCGGAUUGCGCUGAAAUUUUCCUUCUCGACGCAUGCGCUUAUGUUCGUAUAUCGGUCGCUGACGGUCGGAUGAUCUAGGCCUAUUGGGCCGAAGAAACGAAGAUAAAUAGACAUAUCGAUACAUAUUUCGUUGUCUAGGUCCUUCACGAAGCACGGGAGAAAAUGAGCAAGCAAGUCCUACAGUUGGAGCCUGACUCCGAGCUCCACUUCAAAGGCCCUUUCAAUGAUGUGGUUACUUCUCACCUAAAGUUGUCCAACCCAACAGACAAGCGAAUCUGCUUCAAAGUAAAAACAACGGCACCAAAGCGCUAUUGUGUGCGUCCCAACAGUGGCAUCCUUGAACCCAAGCAAGCCGUCCAAGUGGCUGUCAUGCUCCAGCCAUUUGAGUAUGACCCAACAGAAAAGAACAAGCACAAGUUUAUGGUCCAAACCAUGAUUGCUCCGGAUGGUGAUGUAAAUCAGGAUACCGUGUGGAGAGAUGCUAACCCUGAAAGCCUCAUGGACUCAAAAUUGAGGUGUGUCUUUGAAAUGCCAACUGAAGCUAAUCCUCAGAAUAACCUAGACGUGAGCACGUCCCAUGGGGACGAAAAGGGAGCUGCCCCUAAGGGAGAGUGUGCCCCCAAAUCCCCCAAGGCUAGCAAUUUAGAAGCGGACCUGAAAAAAGCAACUGAGGAGUGUCGACGACUGCGUGAAGAAGUAGCCAAUCUACGCCAGGAAAAUGCUGCUCUAAAGGAGGAUGGCCUGAGGCAGCGGAUGCUCCAAACUGCCGCCACGUCAGAGACUGUGACCUCCCAUGCAGCUCCCGAGACCACGUCACAACGUACCAAGGAGAUGUCAAUGACUCAUUCUUCUGGCAUGUCUCCCCUAAUGUUGACGCUCUUUGCAUCUAUCAUGGUGGUCAUAGGAGUGCUGGUUGGAAAGUGGCUCUUUUGAUCGCCCCCUACUGUAUCAAGAUGAGGCCUAUCCCUGUGUGGCACUCUCCCUGCCCUCACUCUCUAUGACCAGCCUUUCCUCUGCCCAUCUCUUCUGCUGGUGGCAAUUCUCAACACAGAUCUUCAGUUGAGUGUGCAGACUAAUGUCUGCAAGCAGUUUUUCCUUGUGGGCACCCCUCCAUGCAGCUUGUCACCCAGGGUUUUUUUUCUACUACCAUCUUUUUCGUGAAGUGGGUUUGUGCACAGGCUUUCUCGUAGUGUGCCUCGGCUCUUAAGUGCGGCCUUUAAAAUUUGAUUGCUUCUUCAGAACCUAAACAGUGGCAUCACGCACUAAAUUUGAUAUUGAUAGUCUGUUUUGCUCAUUAUGGUAGUCUCCCAACAGCUCUGCCUUGUAUUUUAUGAGCAUUGAGCAUUUGUGUAUGUUUGAGUGCCUGUGUGUUUGUGUGCAUGUGAGUAUGUAUGUGCAGCACUCACGGCAUGAGCUUCAUUCCCAGAGGCGGAGGGUGCCUAAAAGGUUGUCGCUGCUCCAUUUCAAGACUGAGUGAUCUGGCAACAUUGCUUGUUAAAAUAGCAACAAGUGUUCCCUUUGGUCGCAUUGCCUGAGCAGAUGUAGAUGGGAGGACCGGAGGGCUCUUUUCUUCCCUCUCUUCUCCUGCGCUUUCCCGGGAUUCCAAGAAAAGACAGUACAGAAUAAAGAACAUUGUCAAAGGGUGGCCACAACACAUGUCUAGCGGCUAACUUCUGCAAACCCACCCUUUUUGAAACGCUGUUUCUUUAUUGUACUAAAAACAGACGGUGUUCAAGGGGAAAAAACGUGAAAGAAAUUUUUCUCCACUAAUGCACUUUUGGGGCUACUUUUGUUUUUUUGGUAUUUUGUGUAUAAUUUCACUAGUUUAACAUCUGGAACAAGCACAACCUGUUUAGUGACAAUGUGUAGUGCGAGCCUUAUCAGAACUGUAGUCCUUGGAAGACUUCUUCAGUGCUGUGUAACUUUGUCUGCUUUCUCACACUCAAUGGGGGAACAUCUGCAAAGCUGCAUGCUGGCUUUUCUCUUCCCCAGGUUACAUGAUGGCUGUUUGGUCAUGCUAGCCUUGUUUUAUGAUGAUCAUGACAAUGAACAAGUCAUUUGCCUUUAAAUGUCAUAGGACAGCAUUAGACAGUAAUGUAUUGCCUUAGCUGGGUGUUUUCUGUUGUUUUUUUUCCCCAUUGUGCACAUUUAGAAAGUCAAUAAUGCUGAGGCACAUUGAAUAAAGCAUAGUUUCUGAAGUUUGGGGCUUUGCUGGACAGCAUUAUACCCUACUUAGACUUAUUUGUGUCCUUUUACUGCAAGCCACAUUGCCGAACCUUAGGGGAAAACUUGUGAAUUUAAACAAAGCUGAAUAAAAGUGGUUGAACUUGACAA